GGCCCGGCUGUGCCCCGCGCCGCCGUCGCAGCGAUGAAGCGUCCUUGCGAGGAGACGACCUCCGAGAGCGACAUGGACGAGACCAUCGACGUGGGCAGCGAGAACAAUUUUUCGGGAUUUCCUUUGAUGAAGUCAGUUCGACCUCGUCCUAUCGGAUCACCGCAAAGUACUAGCUCGGUGAUUAGGUCGAAUUCUCCAACAACGACAUCUCAGAUUAUGGCGAGAAAGAAAAGAAGAGGGAUUAUAGAGAAAAGGCGUCGGGAUCGGAUAAAUAACAGUUUAUCUGAGUUGAGACGACUAGUGCCAACUGCUUUUGAAAAACAAGGCUCUGCAAAAUUAGAAAAAGCUGAAAUCUUGCAAAUGACAGUGGAUCAUCUGAAGAUGCUCCAAGCAACAGGAGGGAAAGGCUACUUCGACGCGCAUGCUCUGGCCAUGGACUUCAUGAGCAUUGGCUUCCGCGAAUGCCUAACCGAAGUGGCAAGAUACCUGAGCUCCGUGGAAGGCCUGGACUCCUCGGACCCCCUGCGCAUGCGCCUUGUCUCUCAUCUCAGCACUUGCGCCUCCCAGCGGGAGGCGGCGGCCAUGACAUCCACCAUGGCCCACCACCAUCACCCGUUACACCCGCACCACUGGGCCGCCGCCUUCCACCACCUUCCAGCGGCCUUGCUGCAGCCCAAUGGACUCCACGCCUCAGAGUCAGCCCCUUGUCGCCUGUCCACAAAUUCAGAAGUGCCGCCCGUCCACGGCUCCGCCCUGCUCACCGCCACGUUUGCCCACGCCGACUCGGCGCUGCGAAUGCCGUCGACGGGCAGCGUGGCCCCGUGCGUGCCCCCGCUCUCCACCUCUCUCUUGUCCCUCUCGGCCACCGUCCACGCCGCCGCCGCCGCGGCCACCGCCGCCGCGCACAGUUUCCCACUGUCCUUCGCGGGAGCCUUCCCGAUGCUGCCCCCCAACGCCGCCGUGGCCGCCACGGCAGCCGUGAGCCCGUCACUGGCGGCCUCAGCCGCGUCCAGCCCCCAGCAGAUGGGCAGCGCCACCAAUAAACCUUACCGACCCUGGGGGACAGAGGUUGGAGCUUUCUGAGUUCUCAAAGCAGCCCCGCGUUGAACUUGAGCUAGUCGUUGAAUGUCCGUCAUUUCCGAGUCAGCUUAAACCUCGGCCCCCACGAGGUAGCCAGCCAUACACAUGCCCUCAGAGAUCCACAAAGGAACAAGAGAGCUAUUCGAGACCCAAAUUUCACAAGUGGAAACGUGCUGAUAUCUUCAUCCCCACCGCCUGCGCACCCCACCCCCGCCGCCCCCUCUUUUUUAAAGGAAGCUUGCUCACUGAUAGCAACUCUUGAAACUUCCUUCUUAGUUCCAGUGAGGUUUCCUGGAAAACAUGGGCUGUACAAUCCAGCAAUGCACGAGUACGUCUGAAUUGUGGACAAAAAGUGCCCUGACUGAAUUCUCUUGAAAUUGGAUGGCGGGGGUGGGAGUGGGGGUGGGGGGAAAUUAAUGUUUCAUAAGUGCCUGAGCUAGUGAAGUUUUGUGAACACAAUAUUGCACAAGUAAAGUAUGCAAGCAAAUGGGCUAAGAAAGGAAGGGUAGAAGCCCUGCAUUAGGCUGCAGACAUUUAAUACAAUUCCAGAGGAGAGUAUUCUGUUGAAACCAGCAAAUUUUUAUUGGCCAAAAGGAUUGCGGGAAAUAAAUUCCAAGGUGAAAGACCUAGGUUUUCCUAGUUUACUUGCUUUGUACAGACGUGCCAAGAAGUGGCCUUCAGCAGUGCAUUGGUAGACGCCAUUAUCCCAUCAGUGCUUGGGUUAACAGCGUUUCUGCCCUGCUGGCAAGACCCCGGGCACUUUUUCUUUUUGCUCAAAGUAAGGUGCUUCUUUCUAUCUGUAAAAACAAUACACUGAUUUAAUGCACUUAGAAGCAAUUGGCUACUGAGUACCCUCGCAGAACAUUCACCCAAAUCUGAAAAACAAAACAAAACCAGUUUAUAAGAGCUUGGAUUAAUUUAUUUCAUUUCACUUGUACAGCUUGUCUAUGUUUAGCGUCGUCAUUUUUCUCCAGUUAACAUUUUAUAUCCAUUCCUGUCACCUUUGGGAGAAGUUGCAUUUCUGGAUGUCAGGUGCCAGGGAGAGAGCACUGGGGAGAGCAAAGCCAGGGUUCCUAAAGUGCUCUUUAUCGAGUUAGUGAUUGCAUUUGACCCCAAAUCAAGAUGAAUGUAUUCGGUGAGAUGUACAUAAGUUAUUUUUGUCCAUGCUAGACUAGUGCUACAAGACGGAGUUUUGGUUUUGUUUCUUGCUUUUGUUUUAUGACCUAAAAUAAUCUCUUACUACAUUGAAAUCGAGCACGUGAGAUUUUUAUGUUGGAAAGACAGACACAGCCUGUAUUAUUAUGCACCUCAUUUCUCUGCUGUGUGGAGAAAGCAAUAAACCUGAGAAUGUUAAACAUUAUGCAAAAUUAUACCUUUAAAUAUUUGUUUUAAAAUUACUGUGCCUAGUUUUGUUUUUUACAUUGUAACAUUUUCUAUGCAAAGUCUUUACAUAUCACUAAUUAAAUGAAGUCCUUUUUGACUUU